AAACGCUGAUCGAGCGAAAUAUUUCGAUUGUGUAUAGAACUGGUGUAUUGAAAAAAUGUUUAAUAAAUAAAAAGAGGAAUAAAUAAAACAAAGAUUUCUUCUAGUGAAAUGUGUCGAAGAGAAAGAUCCUGUUAAAUUUAUAAAUAUUGUUAUAAAUACUCACAAAGUAACUUGGACGUCGAAGCAAUUGAAUCCUUUAUUUAACAAUGGGAUCGGAACAAUCACAACAUCAAGCAGCCCAAAUUUCUGCAGUGAACGCAAUAACAUGUUCAAAUCAACGACCUGCGUUAGCAGAUGCUUCACGGCUUCAACGUGGAUAUACAAUUGCAGACUCAACAAACGACAGUUUAAAUAGUAGUCCGUUGGUAGAUAAAAGUCCACCUCCGCUUGAUUCACGCCCUGUUUCACCUCCAAUGAGCGUGUGUUCUGAUUCGGAUUUGCCACCUUACAUAUCAUAUACAAAUAAACCAAUCGGAGAUUCGCCAAAGCUUCGUAAUAAAGGCCAAAAAAUUAAUAAAGUUCGACCAGCUGUGAAUCUCCGACGUCAAUCUACAUCACCUGGCGUAACAAAAAGAAUUACUUCAGCAUCAAGUACAUUGAUAGUAGUAAACAAAGGCACACUAAGUAAGGAAGUUGCAAUUGAAAAAGAUCCCGACAUUCUUCGUCUUCAGAGCAUUCCAAUGUUCCUUCCUGUGAUGCGUGGAACUUUAUCACUUCCAGCGAUGCGUGAUCCAGAAGUUUUAGAACGUCUUCAACCGAAUCAUGUUUUGAACAUGUGCACAAGGUUGCAGUGUCAUUAUAACUUGAGUGCGACUAAAAUCGCUCAAGAUCAAAACGUGAUUAACACAAAAAUCAAAGAAGUUGAUCAAGACAUUGCAAAACUUUUAGUGAAAAUGACUGAACGACAGAAACAAUGUGCAACAUAUGCUGAAGCUUUUUCACGUGUCCGUCAAAUAUCACAACAGUUAAGUCGUUGCAACACUCUGUUGAAUCAAAAUAUUGAGCUUAUGGAGUCGUUAAACAAUGAACUGGACGUGGAUGAGCGUUUGGAACCAUUUGUUUGGACAACAAACUAAUUAUAGCAUGACGCUACUCAUUCUUCAUUUUUGUCUUUUCGUAAUUAUUCUGUUAUUUUCAAAUGGUAGAUAUCUAUUUAAAUUGCAAAUCGCUAAAAGCUUAAAUAAAACUUAAAUUUUUGCAAUCCAUAUGUGGAUAUAUUACUAAUAUAAUAGUUUUUUACUGUUGAAAGAUUUGAGAAUUGACUUUUUCAUUGUAAACUAUUUUUUCAAAAAAGCCAAGUUAUGAUGUAGAAUUAAAAAUGUCAUGAUCAGGAGAAUAAGCAAAUUAAAAAAGGAUAUGAAAAGGCAAAAAAAUAUAAAAAAAAACUUCUGAUAAUUGAUGUUUUCGUGAAACUUUAUUGAAUUUAUCAACUAAGAGCUGCUUGAAAGUUUUUUAAUAACCUUUUUUGUUGUUUCAAUGAUUUAGUGAUUCAAAUAAAAAAAUCUUUAAAUUGCGGUUUUAUUUUUUUUGUUCUAUUGCAAAGAUCGUUCUAAGUAUUCUUUCUUCGAGUCGUCAAUAAAAUGUCAUAUUAAACUACGAAAAAUAUAGACUUGGGAUAAAGAAACAAAUUUAUAGAACAAGCAGAAAUAUUUUGCGUGGUCUGAAAAUUGGCGUAACCAAAAUUGUAAAAUAAAAUUUUCCAUAAAUUGUU